CCGGGAGGCGGGUGGGCCUGAGUAGUGCCCAUCCGAGGGCAUCGUCACUGUUCCUCAGCCGUGGUCACCCUCUGGUACAGUCAGAAGACUGUGGGUUCAGCUGUAGAUAACAGAGUUGUUCAGAGGCAAAUUAAUUUCAUUUUCUUUUUUUGGUACUUUUAUGCUGGGUUAAAGUCCAAACCAGAUUGACAUAGAAGAGCAAAAGUCUGUGUAUGCUGGAAUUGGGUGGAUAAAUUCUCCCUGAUUCAGGUCUGUUUCGUAGGAUAAUCCUUGAAAUUCUGCUCAGAGGCCACAGACCAGCAGAGGGUUUCUGCCUGUCAGGUUUUGUGACAAAACAAGUAACUGCUGUGGCCGAGGUGUCCACAUAGCACCGGGUGCUUUUGGGCUUCAGAGGAAGACACAACGUGGCCCAAGGGCUUUUCCCUUCUGCCUUCUUCCUCCUCCAGCUGCAGGAACUGCUGUUGCUACACAAAUCUGGCUGCUUCUUUGACAUCAGCCUCAGCCCAGUUCCACGAGCAUCUCAGGACCCAGGGAGCACAAAAGAUGGUUUGAAGCAGAGUGUCCCCAUCACUGUACAGCAGUGGGUGCUAGUGCUUUUCUGACAGAGCCUGUGAACUGUGUGUGCUGGGAAUCUGUGGAAGCAGAGUGGCUUGCUAAAAGUAUUGCAACAGGGAGGAAAAAAAGGUUGAAAAUACGGUUUUCAGAUUUGUAUUUUAACCUGAAUAUUUCAGAAGUGGUCUAAACAUUGCAGGUGACUAGAAAAGAAAAAAAAAUUGCAGAAAGAAUUAAAAUAGAAAAGAACUGGAAAAUAACCCUUAAGUUUUGAGAUAAAUAGAAAAUUAUUUUAUUUUACCAAAAGAUCAGCAUAGUGUUUAUGUAAUGGGUUUUUUGACAGCACUGUAUUUCAUUUUGGAGUUUCAUCACUUAAAAAAACCUACAGGCUCAUAGCACACCUGCCCUGAGAACCACUUCCUUCUCCAAAAUAGGUCUUCGUAGAUCCCACUGGACUCCUUUGCUUUGCUGUUCCCACGGAGAGCACAUGGCUCUUGGUAGUUCAGGGAUGUGUCUGUGCCAAUUUGUGACAUUUCUCCUUUUUCACUGUCUAGGGGUCCAGCUUCUCUGAUGUUAGUGUCCAUGGUUAAAAUGAUCAUGAGUGCUCAGACAUUUGCCAAACUUGCCUGGUGUGGGUGGCCAUCAGUGGCAGCCCUUCCCAGGGAAUAGGAACUCCUCCACAGACCUGGCUGGUCCCUGCCUGCUCUGGUGCAGGUUGCAGACAGACCGUGAUUGGAUCAGUUAGAUAAAUUUGGGUCCAGAGCUUCCUCUCACAUAGAGGAAAGCAGUAAAUGUGGACAAACCAAGCUUUUUGGCCCAGGGAGGAGCCCAAACUGGUGAGAACAGAGGCAGGCAGCACUACUUUCCUCUGUCCCCUUUGUCCCUCAGGCCCAGCCAAGAUUUUAGGCAGAGACCUCCUUGCUCCCACCCUUGCUGAGCUGCUGCAGUUUUGCACUGUGAACUUCAGAGGAUUUCUCUGCAGGGAUGUCACCGUGCUGGGAAUAUCAUAGUCCAUGCCAGCUGAAUGCGGUAUGGGGCUCACGGCCCCGGGGGCUGAGCAGGACCCAGGGCACAGGGAAGCUGGGGCACAGCCGAUGCUGCUCCUCCCCUGGCCAAGAUGGAGAAGAGCUGCAGCUGGAGCGUGUGCCAGAAACGGCUUUGGGAGCCCAGGAACACCAUCCCUGGGCUGCGCCCCUCGCUGUUUCCCGAGAGCCCCGUGGGGAUCAAUCACUGCAUCUCCAACAGAUUGCUCUGCCUGUCUUCGCCUUUGUGCAAAGAGCGAGGCUGGCACGGCUCUGCAGUGUAAAAGCUGCCCCAAGGAACCAGACAGGCUGGAGGAAUGGGCACCAGAGAUCUCACCAAAUCCAGCCAAGAAGGGCCCCAGAAGACCACACCUGGGAGAAGGAGAUACCAGGAAAAUGGACCCUGAACUGCUGAACCUCCCACUCGCAGUCAAGAUCCCUGUGGCACCUGGAGCCAAGCCUGUCCUCUGCAGGGGAAAGCUGGGUGAAAAGGCAAAGGAAAUAGAAAGGGAUAGAAAACCUCUUUCAUAGAGUCCCUAUCAUGCAAAGAUUUUCUUGAGGCCACCUGCUCUACAGCAGGAGCUGCAGCCCUUCAACUGGACAGGACUGGGCAAGGGAAACUCCAGGCUCCCUGGAAUACAGAGGAGAAAUCACUUGUCCAUCUUUGCACUGGUUUCUGGCACUGUGCAUGUGUGUGGCCGGGCCCCUGCCUUCAGCAGACAGCUGUGUGUGUCUGGGUGCCAAGGCAGCUCAUUCCUCCAGCUCAUCCCACAAUGUCAGGCCCCCUGGGGCACUUGUGAGGGAGAUUCCAACCUUCUGCUUGCCUUCUUGGCACCUUUGGAAUAACUUGGCUUCCCUGCCUGGGGUAUACACACACUGUUGUCCUCCAGUUUGCGCUGCAGCUUCCCAAGAUAGAGAUUUUCUGGAGGUGGAGGUAGCCAACACAGCCCUUGGGCCUGCCUAACCCAAGGAGACUGAUUUCAUCCACUCUCCACUGGCUGCAUUUGAACCUUUGAAGGUUAAUUUGCGGAUGGGUCUGCAGUUCUUCCUGGUGGCCUAAGAUACCUAUUUGCUGGUGGGGUUGCUUGCAGUUUGUCUUUUCUCCCUUAACCCAUCGCAGCCCAGCCCUGUAGUCUGUCUGUGCAGGUCUCUGUGCCUACAGAAGGAUGGAGAAGACCUUUACCUUUUCACAGGCACCAUGUGGUACCUCUUCACUCCACUCUCCUGCCUCCUCAUCCUCUGAAAACUCUCUUACAGCUCCACCGGCCGCUUCCUUGUUUCACUCUGGAUGAUCCAUACUGCCACCACCUCAGCCCAGCAUACAACUGCCUGCAUGACCCUGUCCUUCAGGACUACCACAAGCGCAAGGAUGUGCUGCAUUUGCUGAAGAAACGGGGUUUUGUCACCAGAGAAAACAAGCAUGGCCCCAGCCUGCCAAGAAUCACCAACACUUCCUGUCAGGGGAAGCUGCAGCCUCAAAAGCCUUCCAACGUACCCAAGAGCCAAAAACUGGGGGCAUGCAGAAAAGGGAGAGCAGCUCUGAACAAGGGCCAAACUUACUCCAGAGCUAAGCUGGGGCAGAAGGAUGCCAGCACUGCUGCUGACUCCCAGAGGAAGCCAGAUGGCACUGACAAUGGCCUCUUGAAUGCUAUGUUUGAGCAACUAACUGCAGCACAAGCCAAGAAGCUUGAAGAGCUAGUUGAGACUGUGGUGUACAGAGUGUUUGAGAGGUUGAAGAUUCCUAGGAAUCAGCAUGGCAGCUUUUUACAGAGGGUUGCCCAGGGAAUCAGAGAAAGACUUUUAGGCCGCAGGAGAGUAGAACUUUUGGAUACUUCUCUAGAUCACCAUCAGAAAAUGGAAGUGAUGGCGAAAGAGCUUGUAGCAACAGUGUUGGAGAUCUUGGGGGACCGUCUGGCAUCCAGCACAUCCAAAGCUGCUGAGGCAGGGGUGGCAGCCAAGUGGGAGGACCUGCCUCUUGCUGGAAGAGCCACCCAAGCAGACAAAUCCAAGGACACUGCAGACAGAGUACUUUCAAAGACCUCCCUUGACACACUCACCAGAGAAGUUGUUGAGAGUGUUCACUACACCUUGGAAUCCUCUGUAACUUCUCAGUUUGAACAAGACACUGGCAGUGAGUACACUGAAAUCCUGGAGCUUCCUGGGGGACAUGUCUCCAACAGACAAGUGCAGUCAUCCCAACCAUGUCCAAGGCAGGACAUGGAAGCUGGACAAGGAUUCCCCAGAGCAUCUGAACAGCAGAGCCUGAAAGCAAUGGUGAAGGAGAACUUGGAAAGAAAAAGGAGCCUAAAGUCAACAGCCUUAGCCAACACUUCGGAAAUAAGGACCAUGUCAAAUCGGAUUGCUGACUCAGUAUUAGAGCGGAUCAGUCAACCAGGGCCUGCAGCAGCCCUCAACAAGAACUAUCAAGGGCCUGUUGCAAACCCACCCACAUCCCAAGGUGGAAUGGAGAGCUAUGCCACUGAGGACAUUCUCCCUACCGUGGACCCAUCGCCUUCCCUCCAGCCUAUCCCUCCAGCCCAGGCCAGAGCACAGCACCAAGCAAAGCACCCAAAGUUCAUCUGAUGCAAGUGAGGUGUGUGACUGGAGAGCUGAAGAGCCCUCAGACAGCAAAUACAGACCACAUUCUUGUGGUGGCA